GGGGGUGUUUCAGAGCAUCAUGUCAGAGGGAGCGAAAGAAUUGGCCGAUGAAGAUGAUAGAAACAAAGUUGAAAUUGAAAGUGAAGGAAGGAGGAGUAACAUUGUGGAUGACAAAAUGAAGGUUAAAAGUAUCAUUGGUGAUGUAAAUGAUGCAGCAAUACAAGGCCAAGGUGAUCUACCGGUUCAACCACAAAGACUGCAAAGUCCGGGUGGAAACAUCUACUGGGAAAAAUUUCUCCACAUCUCAUCCAUCAAGAUUCUGCUGGUAGAGAGUGAUGACUCCACCAGACAAAUUGUUACUG